AUGCCUCGUCCCUCUGCAUCCGCCAAGCGACAGCAGGGUCCCUCCAAUCAGCGCGACACGAGACAUGAGGCCGGCUCUGUAGGUCCCGGCAAACGCAUCUCCAAGCAAAAGAGCCAGAACCUCGCCGACUCUGCCGCCUCUUCCACCGCGAAUCCCCCUCCGUCCGCCAUCCCACCGCUCCCCCCGACCCCUCCCAACGUCAAUGGUUAUUCCAAGCACCCUGCCGACAUGCCUACCGAGCCGCUGAGGAGAGGCUCUGCAGGAGGCUAUUCCGAAGCCUCCUCUGCCGAAUCUUUCAGUCUCGGUCACGGCCAGAACCAGGGCCAGGCUCAGGCUCAGGAGGAACAACAUCGACGCAUCGAUGUCAAUGCCACCAAGAACUCCAACGUUCACCGCGAUACCGGACCAUUUGACUUUGCUUUGACCGUUCUCCGCUCGUGUCCCUUGCAGGACACCAUUGCCAUUCUCAUCAUCUUGAUGCAGAUCCCUCCCGUGGCUUUGUCUGGCAUCUACAUGCUCUUCACCUUGCUGACUUUCGUCACCACCAACAGCGGCCUGUCUCUGAGCGAUGUCUUCGAGUGGAAUCUUGGGGCACCCUCGGUGGCUACCGUUGUCUGUAUCGAUGGCAUCGUGCUUCUGAUUUGGCUCUUUCUCUGGGGCCCCAUCCAGCAUGUCAUACUCGAUCUGGCUCAGAUGGUGAUAGCCCUCGGGCUAGGCGGAGGUUCAAGCUCGAGAGACGGCGGCUCCAUGAAAAACAGCCUUAUAUGCCUGUCCAUGAUUUUGCUUUCCCACGUCUUGCGCCACACAAAGAUGAAAUAUUCCCCAAUCGGCUACCUGCUGGGUUCAAGCCGCUUUAUGACGCCCGAUCUGGACGAUCCCCUCGAGUCACUUGAAUCCAUACGUGGUUAUGACAAGAUACGGUCGGGCUGGGUUAAUUGGGUCCGGAGCAUAUUGGCUAUUCACAUCCUUAGCCAAGGUCUGAUUAAAGCUGUACGCGAUUGGUAUCUACGGCGGGAGCGACGCGAUAACCAGGUUCACGCCGGCGAUCCGGAAGCCGGUAAAGCCUACGCUGUUCAACCUCCCACUGAUGGCGGGUUUUCGACCCCUGACAGCGACGCCGCCUCCCUUCAGCAACCCCAAACCUCAUUGAACUCGAAAAAGAAGAGAAAACAAAGCGCACAAAUCAGAAACCGUCAGCCUUUAUGGGCCGCCAUAGCGAGUACCAAAAUUGUCGUCGUGAAAGAGUAUGAACUUAACCACAGCGCGGUCGAUUCAGCUGGUUCCAACGCUACCGAUAUCCACAACUUGGGCAACGCACCCUUCAACACCGAGGCCGAUCAGAUAUGGAUCUCAUACGUUGGUUGUGAUGAGGUCUGCUUCAAUACCAGCCACUUCCCUAACUUUACUGCCACCACGGGCCACCAGGAGAACGGCAACUCGUCGAGGAUUGAUCUUUCGAAACCUUUCUAUGUCCGUGUCAACCACGCCGUCUGGCAACCGACACGCAUCACUGCUGUCCAGCGCGAGGACGGCCAGGGCACAACAUGGAGCGGUGAUAUCUAUGGGCUGACGCCGCUUUCUAACUACGAGUGCGAGUUCGUCAGUACUGCCACUCAUCAAGUCCUUUUCUCAACCAGUGUUCGCACCACCAGGGCCAAGACCGCAGCUAUCGAUUCGAAUACUUCCAAGCCGAGCGGCCAAUCCUCGCUUCGUCCUGAUUCCCCUGCGACCACGCUCAAGACAUCCAUCGCUGCUUCCGAGGCCAGGCUGAACGAAGAAAAGGCAAGGCAAAAGGCUCUUCGAAAAGAGUGGCAUCGUAAGGCCAAUGCCCUCAAGAAAGAGAACGAGAAAUUGAAUGCCGCUGUGCAGUCAGCCGGUGCUGGAGACGACAAGCUUCGACAGAAGAUCCAGCAGAACACCACGCAGCAGAAGCAGGCCGAGCAAGCCCUGACAACAUUGGCAGCUGAGCUCAAGGAGCACGGUGUCAUUCCCGAGUCUCUGAGAGCUGCCUGGAAGGCCAAGCAGACAACUUACACUGGCGAGAAAUGCAAGUAUGACCAGGCCAAUUCUGAGUUCAAAGGAUUCAAGGCAAACAUCGACAGUCAGGUCAAAGCCCUGAUGGACGAGAAAGCCAGCUUGGAGGCCAAGAGGAACAAGAUCAGCACACGUAUUGCCAAAGUCGAUGGUGAACACGCACGCAUUGCCGAUGCGAAUGCACGCGGGCUGGAUGAAGCCGAACGCCGUCGUCAAGAUCGAGCCGCCUUGGAGGCUCAGUUCUUCCGCUGGGAGCAUGAGCUGUCUGAGAAGAUUCACAGCCACGAGCAAGAGAGCCUCGGCCGCGACGAGGUUUUGCUUGCCCUCAAGGAUCAACUUGAUGCUUUCCACAACCAGCAACAAUCCUUCUACAAUGGUUCGUACGAUUUUGUUGAUCCUUCGGCCGCUGGUCACCUACCUACAACUUCGAGCGACCCUAGUUCUUCGAUUCCUGCCACUUAUGAUGCUGCUACUGCCUGGUCCAACAGUGCUUAUAACGCUUCUCUGUGGGGCCCCUCACCCUUGGCGCCUGGUUUCGUCCCUCAGUCUUCGGCCUUCGCACAUAUGCGGUCUGCUACCAAGAGAGGUCGGUCCUCCUCCAUGCUUAGCGAUGUCUCUGGCUUCACUCAGUCCAGCACCAACGACGAGGAUCUAGCCAAUGCUUUGCCGGGCGUAGGCGGUCCAUUCCGGCCACCUCCCGGAUUCGAGUAUUCGCCGUACUUACAAAACGAUGCAGAUGUAAUUAGUGACGAGAGUUCGAAUGCAAGCGGGAGCGCAAGUGGUAGUUCGGGUAGUACGGGUAGUGAUAGCAUCAGGGAUCCGAUGAGCCCUCCACCAAGUUGA